AUUGUGCCGCCAACAAACAGCCCUACAGUAGCUCCAUCGCUUUCCCCGACCAGGCAACCGACAGUGGCUCCCACAGCCGAUCCCACAGCGCCACCAACUCCUUUUCCGACGUACCAGCCUACUGGAUUUCCAACGUUGGCUCCGACAAAGCGACCGACCUCGGCACCAACGCCAUCACCUACGGAGAGACCUACUUUGUCGCCG